UGGAUUGGGGGGAGUGACUUUGUGUUUCUGGUGCAGCAGGCGGAGAAUGACAUGAGGAUGAAAGAAACAGAGGCAGACGGGCGGGCGGGCAUGUUUAUUUUUGAGGAAAAAUAAAACAGACAAGAAAAGGGUCUAUGGGGAUUUCACAGUAAACGAUGGAGACCGACCACUAACCAAACGGCCUUCCGUUAACCAGUCUUCCCUCCAUCCCUUGUACCAGUGAAAUAAUGGACUAAACUGAUCUUCGUGUCAAACAUACUGUAAGCAUGCCCCUGAGAGGGCUGCUGAGGACUCCACUGUGAUCAAGCAGAAAAUGAGAGUGUGAAGGCUGGCGUCGACUAAGGUGACUGCUGCGGCCUGGGCAGCCCAUCCGCAUGAUCACAUGACUCUGGAUAUGGACGCAGUCCUGUCGGACUUUGUUCAGUCCACUGGGGCGGAACCUGGUCUGGCUAGAGACUUGCUGGAAGGCAAAAACUGGGACCUGAGUGCUGCCCUCAGAGACUAUGAGCAGCUGCGGCAGGUUCACACUGCCAACCUGCCGCAAGUUUUUAACGAGGGUCGGUACUACCGGCAACCCGAGCACGACACCCCCCAGCACAUGAACAAGGUGGAGCGGGCUGUUGUCCAGAGACAAGAGGACAACACGCAGGAGAAGCGCCUGUCUCGGGGCAUCUCCCAUGCCAGCUCCGCCAUCGUGUCCCUGGCGCGCUCCCACGUGGCCAGCGAGUGCACCAGCGAGCAGUUCCCCCUGGAGAUGCCCAUCUACACCUUCCAGCUGCCCGACCUCAGCGUCUACAGCGAGGACUUUAGGAGCUUCAUAGAGAGAGACCUCAUAGAGCAGUCCACCAUGGUGGCUUUGGAGCAGGCAGGUCGUCUGAACUGGUGGUCCACUAUGUGUACCAGCUGUAAGAAGCUCCUCCCCUUGGCCACCACUGGGGAUGGGAACUGUCUACUCCACGCCGCGUCAUUAGGAAUGUGGGGCUUCCAUGACAGGGACCUGGUGCUGCGAAAGUCCCUAUAUGCCAUGAUGAAGAGUGGGGCAGAGAGGGAAGCUUUGAAAAGGAGGUGGAGAUGGCAGCAAACACAGCAGAACAAGGAGUCAGGGCUGGUGUACACGGAGGAGGAGUGGGAGAGAGAGUGGAACGAGCUGCUCAAGCUGGCCUCCAGCGAGCCCCGGACACACAACAGCAAGAACAACAACACUUCUGGAGGGGUGGACAACUCUGAGGACCCGGUGUACGAGAGCCUGGAGGAGUUCCACGUGUUCGUCCUGGCCCACGUGCUGCGCAGGCCCAUCGUGGUGGUGGCCGACACCAUGCUCCGAGACUCAGGGGGAGACGCGUUUGCUCCUAUCCCUUUUGGAGGGUUGUACCUGCCCCUGGAGGUGCCUCCCAACCGCUGCCACUGUUCUCCCCUGGUGUUGGCCUACGAUCAGGCCCACUUCUCUGCCCUGGUCUCCAUGGAGCAGAAGGACCAGCACAGAGAACAAGCUGUGAUCCCGCUCACUGACUCAGAACACAAGCUGCUUUCUCUCCACUUCGCCACCGAUCCCGGGAAGGACUGGGAGUGGGGCAGAGACGACAACGACAACACCAAGCUAGCCACUUUAAUCCUGUCUCUGGAAGCCAAAUUGAACCUCCUGCACAACUACAUGAAUGUAACAUGGGUUCGGAUACCUUCUGAAACAAGGGCUCCCCUGGCCAUGCCGGAGUCUCCAACGGCGUCUGCGGGCGAGGACGUACAGUCCCUGGCCGAUUCCAUGGACUCUGACCGCGAGUCUGUAUGCAGCAACUCCAAUAUCAACAAUGGUAAGGCAAUCUCCUCCAGUAAGGACAAGGAGCGAGGAGGGGAGCAAAAGGAGAAGACCGAGAGGCAGCAGCCAGGGCAGCAGAGGAAGGAUAAAGACAAAACCAGAACGGACUCUGUGGCGAACAAACUGGGCAGCUUCAGUAAGACCCUGGGCAUCAAGCUGAAGAAGAAUAUGGGGGGUUUGGGGGGGCUGGUGCAUGGCAAAAUCAACCGGUCCAACUCCACAGGCACUGGGAGGAACGUGAGCAGCAACGGGGUGGAGAACGGGGAGAAGAGCAAGAGUAAGAAAGAGGGGAAGGCUAGGAAGGACGGAGGCGUAGGGAAGGAGGAGUCGGGGCCGUCGGCCAGCACAUCAUCCUCCUCAGAGAAGACCACGAGUCCCUCGCCCACGGAGAGGCUCCCUGGGAUGCCGUCUCCCCUGGUGGAGAGAGACCGGGGGAGCCUCCUGGCCAGGCUGGUGGGGGACAAGGCUCUGACAGAACACUGGAAGUACAGCACCGAUGUGAAACUGAGCUUGAACAUCUUACGGGCAGCCAUGCAAGGGGAGCGCAAGUUCAUCUUCGCGGGCCUGCUGCUGACCAGCCACCGGCACCAGUUCCAUGAGGAGAUGAUCAGCUUCUACCUGAGCAGCGCACAGGAGCGCUUCAGCCAGGAGCAGGAGACCAAGAGGAAGGAGAUGGAGAAGAAACCGGCGGCGACCACCACCAACGGGCCCAGCUUCUCCUCAGCGGCUUCUCUGAGGAAGCCGGAGCAGGAGAGCGCCCCCAACAGGGAGAGGGUGACGGACAGAGUCGACAGGACAGAGAGGAACUCCACUCUGACCCCUCCGCCCAUCCCGCCGCCACCAGCCCCCACCCCCCAGGACGGCUGCUCCCCGGCCAGGCACCAUCACCAAAGCCACACCUCCCACAUCCCCCCACAAAUCGCCCUCAGGAUGCAUGGCCGCCACAGCCCCUCGCCUCACAGUUCCCCCAGCAGUAGGAGGAGCGGGGCAGCGUGCGUGACGCCCCCCGUCCCGGUGUCGGCACACUAUAGCCACACCCCGCCCAUCCAGCGCUCCAGCAUCAUCCACCUACGUGAAGGCAAUGCAGCCCCGCAUAGCUUCCAGGAAGAACCAUACCGGCCAAUGGUGGGCACCCUGAAAACCUGUGCCACCUAUCCCCAGCAGAACCGUUCUCUGUCCUCGCAAAGCUACUCCCCGGCACGCCUGUCUGGCGUCCGCACUGUCGUCAACAACAACAACAACCCCACCUCCGCCGAGCCCUACAACAUGCCAGGGGAGCACAAGUCCCACACAUACACAAACGGCUUCAAUGCCAAUGAUAUCCGAGACUGCUUAGAGUUUGCCGACGCAGACUCGCCACAGACCUGGGGGAGCACGGACAAGCCCAAAGGCCGGAGUGGCACCAUGUACUGCAGCCAGCAGAGGAGGUGCAGGAGGGAGAACUGUUCAUUCUACGGCAGGCCUGAGACAGAGAACUACUGCUCCUAUUGCUUCAAAGAGGAGCUGAAACGUAGAGAGAGGGAAGGCAAGUCGCACAGACCUGGAUAGCCCAUGCCCACCUGUCAGCCAGAGUUGGUAUAACCUGUGCUGGUCUUAGAGCAAGAGCAAUGGCCAUAAUUGAAAGGUACCAGACAGUUAACAUAGGGUAAUGAAAAAGAGUAGAACUGGCCUCUAUUUAGAAAAGGGUCUUGAUACCUGUCACUUCUGUCUCAGUGUCGGUUACUGUACAAUGACACAAUUACUUGAUGAGAAGCAGUGUUUUGGAAGAGUUAACAACUUUGGCCAAGACAUUAUAUCUGUUUAAAAUCUUCAAUGUGUGGUACAAGUCUGUGUUUUUUUUGUCAGAAGCCAUUCUUGUGAAUUUUGAAGAUGACAGUGAUACAUAAUCAUUUUCCAACUAAAAAUCUUCAAAUAAUCUCUCAUAUUUGCGUGUCGAAGUACUAAAUGGGACAAAGCACUUUUUGGAGCAAUAAGUAGCCUGUUGUCAAAUUAACAUGACCACAUUCAGUUGUCUAUGCACUAAUUUGCUCAAGUAGAACAGUUGCACAGCUUGUAAUACAGCUGAAUAUGAAUGCCAGCGGCAAAAUUCAAUCAUCUUGGUAAUGCACUUUUUCAAUGGUAGAUUUUAAUUACUACAGGGUUAAAUGAAAUAAAACAUGAAAUGAUUUAAUUCAAACAUAGCCUACGCUUUGCUUUUUUUGAAUAUAUAUAUUUUUUUUCUAUCUUCUGAAUAUCUUUAAUCAAGGGAUUAAGUUACUGAUAUUUUUACAGGCACUAUUUCACAUUAAAAAGUUAAAUUUUCACAGUUUAAUGGAUCUCUCCUGGUCAAAGUUGUUAACCUCUAACGCUCAACAUUCAACUGAACAUACUGUGCCGCAAUUUGUAACCCUUUUAUGUGACUGGUUCAUGGACUCUCACCAUUUAAAUGUAAGAUAUGAUUUUGUAUUCAUUUGGGGAGAUUUACACGAUUACAUUUUUUAUUUGCACAUUAGAUAACAAUGUACAUAGCAAAAAUGACCUGAAAAAAGUGAUUAGUAUAUUGUUAAAAGAGUUUGUGUGUUUUUGUCUAUGGACUACAGAAUGUGAGAAUAUUGGGAAUUUACAAGCCAAGGCUAAAGUGUAAAAUAUUAAAAAUAUUUUUAUAUGAUUUUCACAAAAUGCCAUGAAGCAAUAUUUUGCGCUUUUUCUUAUGGACACAGUUUUCACUUUGGUAACUUACUUUAAGUGCACGGCCAUUUGAAAAAAACAUGACUCUGUAGGAAGAUGAGCUGAUGAGCAGUUGAAUAAUUGAUCAGAUGUCAGAUCAAGGAACUACACCUAUAUUGUUGUUUUUAGUUUCGAUUAAUCUUGUAAUAAAAAAAAUUGGGUUUAAACGGGUUUCGAAAUAUCUUAGCAUUUUGAAGGACUAGAGGCAUAAUCACCCCUCAUGGAAGCUCCACAGAUCUGUAACUGUAUCAAGUUUGAAUAAACAUUAAAACGUUAAUGGAAAAUCAUGCUGCUGUUGCAUCGUGUAUUAGGAGAUUUACAUAAGGGUGUAUUAAAUUGUCUUCAUCUCUAAGCACAACAUAUCUUUGUACUAUGUUGUACUUUCAGUGGUUAGCUAAUGAUUUCUAACAUAGCGUUAUGAUGUCCUUUCUUAUUUAGUGAAAACAUAAUAGUAGGGAGUAUUAGAUCAAUUGUCUCCAGAUUGAAUCCAUGGAUAGUCCUUUGGAAUGCUGUGUACAGUAACCCUGCAGUUGUUUGUGUGACUAACUCACAUAACUGGUAUAAUAUCUUCAGCUCAACCUAUGGUGAAAUUAUAUGCAUACGCAGUGCCGGUGCUUGAACCUAUACAUACUGUAUGUCGACCGUAAAACAGUUGAGGGGCUGCCUAAUGGUUUGGUAUUGAUCUUAAGGUCUUUCAUUUGCAAUAAUUGUCCUUGUAUUAUGUUGUUGGUAGACGACCACACAUGGUUUCCAAUGAACUGUGUUACAGUACAAUGUUUAUAUAGGUUACAUGUCAAAGAAGCCAAAUUAUAGUUAUAACUGUCCUAGUUUGCCCAACAUUGCAAUAACGAUAGAGACAUUUCAAAAUUAUUGGACAAUUCAACCCUUUAUUUAAAGAACUGUUAUGAUAUUUAAAAAAAGCUUUAGCGCCAAUAUCAGUGAGUGUGUGAGGUGAAUUGCUGAGUGUUUGUCUUACCUUGUGAGAGAUAAUGUGUGGUUCAUAUAGCCCAUGAGCAAUGGGAUUGUAUGUGUUCAUAUCAACAACAAAAAAAUACAAUAAAAAUAAUAA